UCCUAGUCACCAGUUUAGCUGCACUCUCCUUCCAUGCAAUGAGCCUCAUCUGCUAGCCUAUAUCAUCAUUUAUCUCCAUCUCUGUACAUGGUCCAGUCAAUAUUUAUGGCCUUUGAGUUUUUUCCUUUAAAGUUGUAAGAGUUAUCAUUUCACACCUUAGUGUGAUUUCUUUGGGGGGCAUUUAAGAGUAAAGUUGGAAGCCAUACACAGCAUAAGGAAUAUAAGAAACAAGAUAAGAGCAAGUAGAGUGCAGAAGAAGGAGAGAGCUCAAAAGUUGGUGCUGAAACAGGGAAACUCAUUGCCUUGGUUUUUCUUUAAUCAGCUGAGAAUAGAUGUAAGCUCCUAUAAUUGUGCAGUCAUUUGGAAGAAAAAAAUAUGGAAAUCAAGUCUAUGAUCGCAAAGGAUGUCACAGAACUAAUUGGGAACACUCCUAUGGUAUUUCUUAACAAAGUUGUGGAUGGCUGUGUAGCCCGUGUUGCUGCUAAGCUAGAGAUGAUGGAACCUUGUUCUAGUGUAAAAGACAGAAUUGGGUAUAGUAUGAUUAAAGAUGCAGAGGAUAAAGGCCUAAUCAUCCCUGGGAAGACGGUGCUGAUUGAAGUCACUGGCGGUAACACUGGAAUAGGAUUAGCAUUCAUUGCGGCGUCAAAGGGUUACAAACUUAUUCUGGUUAUGCCAGAUAAUUAUAGCCUUGAAAGAAGGAUUAUUUUGUUAGCUUUAGGAGCAGAGCUGCACCUAACUGAUGAAGCCAAAGGUUUUGCUGGAGUCUUACAAAAAGCGGAAGAGAUACUUGAAAGGACGCCAAAUGGCCACUUCCUUAAGCAGUUCGCCAAUCCUGCAAACCCAAAGAUUCACUAUGAGACCACUGGUCCGGAGAUAUGGAUUGGAUCUGAAGGUAAAAUUGAUGCUUUUGUUGCGGGAAUAGGCACUGGGGGAACUGUAACUGGUGUUGGUAAAUUCUUGAAAGGAAAGAAUCCAAAGAUAAAGGUUUAUGGUAUUGAACCAGCUGAAAGUGCUAUUCUCAGUGGAGGAAAGCCUGGGUCACACGGAAUUCAAGGUAUCGGUGCUGGUUUCAUUGCUGAUGUUUUGGACGUGGGCAUUCUUGACGAAGUAAUUCAAAUAUCCACUGAAGAAGCAACUGAAACAGCUAGACUUCUGGCGCUGAAAGAAGGUUUGCUGGUGGGCAUUUCAUCUGGGGCCGCAGCUGCUGCUGCUAUAAGACUAGCAAAGCAGCCUGAAUACGCCGGAAAACUCAUUGUUGUAAUGUUUCCCAGUUUUGGAGAACGUUAUUUGUCUACUGCCAUGUUUGAUUCUCUGAGAUAUGAGGUAGAAAACAUGAAAAUUGAAUGACUGAUGAACAAGGCAUUUAUGGGUAUCAAUAUUGAAUUACAUA